UCAGCGUUCAGUGACGUCACUCGUGUUGUGUCAACUUUAAGAAGUUAACUUUGCGAUUAAUAGGCAGCAGUGCUUAUUAUUUACGUUUUUAAUAAAAAUGGAAGUUGGAUUUAAAAAAACAGACUCCAAAAAUUUACCAAAAGUUGGUGUCGACAUAGUAGUAACUUUUUUUGUCGUGAGUCCAGAGUUUUCAAGUGUAGAAAUGAAAGGCACUAAAUUAGUACGGUGGAUAUUUUAAAAGAAUAGAUGCUGUCAAUAAAAAUGAUUGUCGGGGAAGUAUUCUUUGCUACUUUCAAGAAGACAAGCAUUCAUAAGGUGUGUUCAAGCUUGAUUGGAAAGUUGGACUCUCCACAAUCAUUUCUUGAAGCAUUAUCAAAGCAAAUGACCAACACUGAUAAUAUAAAUAUGGUAUUUUCCACCACCAAACAUCAAAGUGAUUCACCAAUGUGGUUUGAGUUGAGGUACGGUAGAAUUACUGGCUCAACUUUUUAUGAAGCCGCUCACUGUAAAACUAUAAAUGGUUCCCUUCUGAACGCAAUUAUGGGAGAUGAUUCAAAAUUUACUUCCAUUGCAAUGAGUAGAGGGAAAAUACUAGAAAAAAUAGUUCUCAAAGUAGCAAGAAAGAAAAGAUUGAAAUUGAAGAAGCUGGACUACUUCUUAAUGCCGAGUAUCCUAUUUUUGGAGCAACAGCAACCUGACGGGCUUACUGAAAAUUAUACAAUAGAAGUCAAAUGUCCUUCAACCGAAGCUGCCAUACUUUCCUAUGUGAAAGACAAUAAAAUAACACCAAAAUGUUGGACACAAGUGCAACUGCAAAUGUUGUGUGCAAUAUGAUAACAUCAUUGUAUCUGUAAUGAAUAUUGCAAAGAAAUUCUGGAUAGAUGCUGUAUUUCCGAAAUUAAAAGAUAUAUAUAAUAUUUAAGCACAUUUUUUUGUUUUUCAAGAAUUUCAUCAAUUUAUUAAAUAAAACUAUGCUUCGAAAAUAUUGUUUUUAUUCAAUUUUAAUUAAAGGUGAUUCACAAGUGCACAACAAAUGAUUAUACUAUAGUCUAAUUGGGGUAUUAGAAAAUGAUCUACACAGGCAUUUGGAAACUUUGUUGAAGUAGAUGGACACAUAGGCACAAAACAUGAGUCAACACGACUUUAUAUCCGAAUUUUUUCGGUAUUAUUGUGAUCACUUGAUGUGGAUGAAUAUUCCAUUUUAAAUUAUUACAAAAAACUUAGUGAAAGUCGAGAAAAUUUGCAAUUUAUGAUAAUCAACUAGUGUUUCCACUAUAAAAAUUUUCUUUCCCCAUGCUUCAAUUCCGAUUUCCCCAUUUCAGAACUUUUUUCCCCUCAAAAAUUAUUUUGCUGUAGUUUUGGCACUUUUGUUGUAACUAAAAGUUUAAUAUAUGAUUACCUAAAAUUCCCCUUUUAUAGUAUUUCCCCUUUUUCUUCCCCUCUGGACCCUGAUUACCCCUUAAAAGGGGAAUUUCCCCUCAUUGUGGAAACACUGUAAUCAACGAAGGCAAGCACGACCAGUGUCAGACACGUGUGACGUCAUUGGAAGUGUAGGUCCGUUUUGGCGCGAAAAUUUAAACGAUCAGUUUAAAGCCGCAUUUUUUUA